AUGAUUGCUCCUUGUAUAUGGGAGUUUGUAGAAUGGCUGCCAGAUAAACGAAGGUAUCCGUGGAAAGAGGGAUCUGUGGGUGGCAGCACCAUUUUUGUCCGAUUAGCGCUCAGUAUUAGGCAUAAGCAAUUUUUGGGUGUGGUUGAUGGACAACUUUAUAGCCAUACUGGUGGCGGAAGUAAUCUCUUGUGUCUACCUAACGACCCCAUUUGGGCCAAUUAUACGACAGGAGAUACAAAAAGUGCUUACAUUUAUGGCAGUGAAUAUCAACUGGAAGUAUACCCAACUAAUAAACUCUUUUCUUUUGCUAACGCUGAAUCAAUUCAUGAUCAUAACGUUCCGUGCGCUGUCUGUUUGACACGACAACCUGCUGUUGUUAUGAUGUUACCAGCCAGGACACAGUGUUACGCUGGUUGGACAGCUGAGUAUUCGGGAUAUUUGAUGUCCGGUCAUUACGGGCAUAAAGGCAAACUUGAAUAUGUGUGUGUGGACUAUGCACCAGAAGCUGAUCCAGCGGGUUACAGAAACGAAGAUGGAGCUCUACUGUAUUUCGUUCAAGCUGCUUGUGGUUCAUUGCCAUGUCCACCGUAUGUCAAUGUUCGAGAAUUAACCUGCAUUGUGUGCAGUAAAUAUUGAAUAGAAAUUUACAUUCGUUUCUAUAUGAAAAU